AUGGGAUUCGUCUCCUUCGUAGGGAGGGUGCUGUUCGCCUCCAUGUUCCUUCUGUCCGCCUACCAGGAGUAUGCCACCUUCUUCUCCCUUUUGUUGAUCUGCGAUGUAUUCUGUGAUUGGCAAGCUACGUGGUUCUUAUUUUUGUUUAAUUUUUCUACUGAGGCAGUUUGAUAAAGCCGGUUGUAACGGUGUGAAUGUUAGGGCUUCUGUCCUUCGAGAUCUUCGAUUGACUCAACGAAGGGUCAUAUUCUUGCGAUUUCAUUUUGGGUUUCACGGUUUCUCCUGGAUCAAUUGUUUGCGUGCUUGCUUCAAUCACGCGGUAGCUGCAAGGAUGAGCUCUGCGCGUGAUCUCUUUCAGCCAAUAUCCCAUUUGCUUUGUUUGGAGUGGUGCGACUACUGGGAUGCGAAAAUUUCCGUUUCCAUUUUUGGCACUUGGACUUCAGAUCAGACUUAUGAUUUCAAGGUGUUCUCUUUGCUCUCGUUUUUCUGUUUUGAGACGAUGUUUCUUAUGACCAAUCUCCUCCAAUGCGUAUGGAUCGUCUCUAAUUUGGCGACUAUGGCUUUUUCCUAGUUUUACCAUUUGCGUUAAUUCUUCGUUUUGAAGACGCUUCGUCUGGAUCUGCUGUUCCUGCGCUGUCAAAGGAAUAAGUGUAGAUCCGAUUAAGUCAAAUUAAGGCAAACAAACUAUGAAUAAUUUUCACCGCUCAUUUUCACGUCACUUGUUUAGGUGUUUGCCUAUUUUACAUAUGUUUUUUUAAAGAAUACCCAGAAUCUAUGUUUUUAUUUAAUAUAUAAUAACUCCAUGUAUUUAGAUAGAUCUAUGCCAAUAUGGUUUCAUCAUUUAAAAAUCCAGCCUCAGUCGGAUUGGAAUCGUCAGUGCGAAUUUUUUUCGGGAUUAGGGGUUGCCAACACUGUGCUGUUACCUUGAUGAUUUUUAAACAUUUAGUAUGGUCAUGAAUCAGCCUAUUCCAAAUUAAAAUUAUCUGAUCAAACCCCGAUCUACCAGUUUCUGAUCUGUCUCACGGUUCUAGUCCAGCGUCAUUUUGAUCAGAUAGCUUUCUAUGGUACUUCUGUGAUUGAAUGAUAUUCCCAUGCCAAAUAUUUUGCUUGAAGUGUGGAGAAGGAAGAAGAAAAACUCUUGAGUGAACCACAGCUGCUGCUGCCUAGUGCUGCCAAUCACCUUUCAUCUCUACCAUUGACUGCAGGCUUUCCAUUUUUCGCUUUUGCUGAUGUGAGACAAGUUUAGGCGGAACAAUAGCUAAGAGUUGGAUUCAUCAGGAAAAGCCUUCUUUUAGUAUGUAUGCGUGCACUUUAUCAAUGUAUCCUCAUAGAAGUCCCUUAUAAUUUUCAAACCGGACAUUCUUCCUUCAAUAAAUUUGUCUUUUCCAAUCCUGUUUCUGAUUAAUCAGUCACAGCCAAUCCUGAUGUUUAUUCUAAUUUUAUUGAAAAUUAUUAAUUCCCGGUUGGAUUGGGGUAUAUUGUUUCAAAAUCCAUCUCAAUCCAUUUAAAGGCAGUGAUCAGGUCGGUUUUUUUUGGGGCCAAUUAUUACCAUAUCAAUGCAGAUUGAUCCAGAAAGUUAUUCUAUGUUGGUUGAUUUUCACAGAUCACCUUGAGAGUUAUUUUCUGUCGAACUUAACUCUCUUGGAUCCUUAGCUGGGCAGCAUAUCGGUUACUGUAUGACAAUGCAUUGACAAAGAAAAGAAGUGGGCUGUGUUUAACUCUCUAACAUCUGAAAUCUGCUUAUGUCUCUUUCCAUUGUCUUCUCUUGUUUCUUUCUACAUUGUAACUUAUAGGAGGGAGUUGGUCCCAGGUCUAUGAAUCACUCUGACGUAUAUGAAUAUGCAUUGCUGAAUCUUCUGUAUAUUAUGUUGACCUUCAUCGAAGUUUUCUUAGUAGGAAUGGUUGUAAAUAUUAUUUCGGCUUUGUCUGAAUCUCUGAAUCAUCAUGCAGAUUGUGUUGAGGCAUUGUGGCAACUGUUUUGGGUAUCGACUGGUAGAUAUUCCAAUCAAUCAAUUAUGAUCUGAAUCACUCUAUUACGGGUGGCUUAGACAGUUUUUGGUGCAUUGUUUAUCUUCUUCGAAUUUGAUUUCAGACGAUAAUGAUUCAUUCUCUCAGAGAGAAACAGUGGAAAUCUUAGGUUUACUAAACAAUGUGUUUUAUACAUUUUGUUAAUUUUUUAUAUAAUAGUAACUACACAUUUCCACGCUCCAAGAAAAAGUCAGAGCUAAACUCUCCCAGGAAAACGGAAAGACUAGGCUACAUUGUCAAACGGACAACUAUAAAUGAUCAAACAGAGUUUAAAUUAUCAUUUUAAUGAUUUUCACGCUUGCCGAACAUGAAACGAACAGGAUAUUCAUAUCUUACGGAUCUGAGUGUUGAGACGACACAUUUUGGAAGAUGUAUCCUCACGCUGUCUUCUUGAUAUUUUGGAAGAUGCAUCCUGCCAUCAAUAUUUGCCAGACACGAUGAGUUCAUUGGAGAGGAUCGUGUACUCAUUUGAUUGCUAUCCCCUUCUGCGAUGGUGGGCACUUAUGUCCAUGCGUGGUUGUACUCGGAGCAUACUAAUCUCUUUUGAUGGCCAGUCAGCUGCGUUUGUCUCAUGGUUUUUGCCGUCCUUCUAUUCGUUGGAAAGAUUUCUAAGGGCUCUUGAAUCUUAAUAAUGCUGCUUUAAAAGGUUUUGUCCCCCACCAAUUUCUUUUGUGGUCAAUGUUAGUUGCUCACCGUUCUGCCUUGGACACAGUUCUCGCUCCAUUGACCGAUCAUAGCUGCUAUUUGUUUCAUUUUAAUCAUGUUUUAAUUCCCUUCUCCAACUUUUUCAGAUAAAGAACAUGCGUGGUGUUCCGUUUGCUAUGAUAUGGGUUUUCCAUAUAAUUUAAUUCUAGUUUAAGCCUCGUAUCAAUGGUAACAACAUACAUGCCUACCAUUUCUUCACAGGUUUAAUGAAUUUGGAGUUGACGGAGGCCCGGCAGCCAAGACCUUGAAGCCCAAGUUUGACCGCGCUUUUCAGCACAUCUACACACAUGCGGGGCUCCAUGUGCCGGAAAUUGAAGUAAGGGCCCUCCUGCACCAUUACUGAGCUAUCUUCCUGGAAUUAUGUCUGACGAGGCAAAACCCUUCUCCCUUAUUUCUCAGAUAAAGUAUAUAGUCGCUGGCACCAUAGCGUUGAAGGGUCUCGGAGGCACCCUGUUCAUCUUCGGCAGUUCCUUUGGAGCCACCGUCCUGGUUUGUUCUCGCUGCUAGUGCCCAGCUGUUCUUCCCAGGCUUCAUGCACACAAACACCAACCUCUUUUCUCCUGUCAGGCUCUCUACUUGGCAGUUAUCACUCCCAUUGUCUUUGACUUCUACAACUACAGCACAGAGAAACCCGAGUUUAUCCACAUCUUCUCAAGGUUCGCACAGGUAAGAGUGCCCCAAUCCGCGAAGGCAAUCGAGAUUCCUGCUUCGAACUGUUCUCUAACUCUCUCUCUUUCUCUCUCUCUCGUUUGACUUGCAGAAUUUGGCGCUCUUUGGGGCGAUGCUCUUCUUCCUGGGGAUGAAGAACUCGAGCCCGAGGAAGCCGACCAAGAAGAAGGUUCCCAAGACUAAGACCACCUAG